AUGGGACAAACACUUAUGACGGAAUUGAAUGUCCAGACUUAUCAAGUAGCAACUUCAAACAAUAGUGAACAAUUUCAUAUUCAUCAAAAUUCGAACAUAAACGAGGUAGCAAUCAUUAAUAAUCAUUCAUCUGUUAGCAGUAAUCAAAUAUUAUUGAAUACAUAUAAUGAAGAAACCGUCAAUCAAUUACAUCUUUCUGAAACAAUAACAAAUAUGGCUACUUCGAAUAUAGUUGCCUUUGAAAGAAAUCAUCGUUUGGUCUCUAAUAACGAUGGCACUGAUCCUUAUCGCGGUUUAAAACCUAUCAUAGAAUAUGCCGAUGAGCCUUUACUACCGCUCAUGGAAGCCUGCAACCCAUUAAUUGGCAUUGUUCACGAUAUAUUGACUUAUGCAAAGAGAGCACUCAAAGAAACUUCUAAUAAACCAUCUGAUCAGCUAACAAUCAAUGAGAGUGCUGCCAUUCGGCUCUAUACUUUCGAAUGGGAGGAACCUCAUCCAAGUCUAUAUUAUCUACUCAACAAUGAGCUUAAUACAGCAGAUCAUAAUGAACUACGACCAUAUAACAAAUUUCUAAAGCUCUUCUUGACUGGUUUAGUCAAAUUGCCAUGUGUUCUACCGAUGACAAUUUGGCGAGGUGUACUGAGAAAUGUGAGUGCAGAAUUUCUACAAGGUAGAUUGGUGACAUGGUGGGGUUUCUCAUCGUGUACAACUUCGUUGCGAGUACUAGAAAGUGAAAUUUAUUUGGGUACUACAGGUGAGAGAUCACUUUUCUCCAUUGAAACCAUUAAUGGCCGCUCAAUUCGUGCUCAUUCACGUUUUAUCACUGAGGAUGAAGUUUUGCUAUUGCCAGGUACUUAUAUGGAAGUCAAAUCACAAUUAAGUCCAGCACCUGAUCUUCAAAUCUUUCAUUUGAAACAAAUACAACCACCCGAUAUACUUCUCGCAGCUCCAUUUGAAGGUAACUCAUAG